UAUUGUUUCCGUACUCUCCCAUCCGCUCUCUAGACCGACCAACACCGACCAACACAAUCAGACAGGACUCGAGUCUAAGAUAAAAACAGUCCUUUUAAUAUAUGUCCUUGUCAAAAUAUCAUUUUGGUACUUACGCAUCCGAUUACUCUUAUUUACACUCCCCGCCGCGUGUUAUAUCACCCCUCCUCCGCAUUCCAACCGCCGAAGCUUCCCCCCACUACUCAGCUAUUUGGUACCAACAAAGCGGUCGCGACGUGCGCUUUUAUAUGCGGAACAAACGACCGACGUACUGUAGCCAGAUAUAUCCCUCUCUCUAGUAUCGAGGGACAAAGCUCCGAGGGACUAAGCUCCGAGUUCGAGUCCGAGUCGACUAGAUCAUCUACCAAUAUACCCGUCGUCUCCCCAGGAAUCACCUAUUGAUAGGUGAUACAAGUCGUCGCGAUGCCACCGCUAUCCUCCGCACAGAAAGCGGCGGUAGCUAGUUUCGUGUCGAUAACCGGGGCUCCGGACAAGAUCGCCAGUAGAUACCUCAAAAACACGGGAUACAAGUUGAACGAGGCCAUUGAUGCGUUCUUCCAGGGGAAUGCCAGCACAUCAACUACGACCAAGGAAUCACAACUUACGAAGCUGUUUGACAGCCUCAGGAAUACUGAGGAGGACCCGAAAGAUGCACUCGGUGCAGAUUCAUCCAUGGCCUAUCUGACUUCUAUCGGCGUCGAUCUUGAAGGGGCGUCACUCUUUCUUGCUAUGGAACUCAUCCAAGCUCCUACCAUAGGCGAAAUCACACGAAUAGGCUUCGUAAAUGGCUGGAAAGCCAACGCGGCGGCUGAGGCCAAGAUCGAAGGCCAGAAGCAAUACUUCAAGCGCCUCGCCGACUCACUAAGCAAGGAUCGAGACUUAUUUCGUAAGGUCUACCGGUACGCUUUCGUCGUCGGUCGAGAAGGAGACCAACGGGCGCUCUCGCUAGACAACGCGAUCUUGUACUGGGAGCUGCUCUUCAAGAAGCCGGGCAUGCUGUGGAUUGGGGAGACUACGGGCACCGAUUGGUUAGCUGAGUGGAUUGCGUUUCUGCGAGAGAAUUGGACACGGUCGGUUAGCCGUGAUAUGUGGAAUCAGACUUUCGAAUUCGCACUGAAGAGCAUGGCGGACGAAGCACUGAGCUUCUGGAGCGAGGAUGGAGCUUGGCCGGGUGUUGUUGACGACUUUGUGGCCUGGUACAAACGCAAGUCGUCGGAGAUGGACGUUGAUGCUUGAUCAAUUGUUCCUGAACUAGUCGAGGAGGUAGCCAACUCGGUAUUCAUGCUAUAGAACGAAUAUUGACGCGGGAUAGUAGGGAAGGGUAUCGGGGUGCGAAUAUUUGUGAAGACGCAUCGAGAAGCGAGACGAUAUAGGAGAGAUCAUCACAGCGCUAUGGCACAAGGGAAUUAGCUUUGCUUUGCUUUGCUUGGUUGCAUUAAAUCGGCAUCACCCUCGGUCACCUAGCGAGACACGCUAGGGAAAGGGAGGGUUCAAUAAAUAAUUAAGAUACCUAUUAUGGACAUUCUCAAGGGAUGUUAAAGCGUAGUACUGUCUUGUAGAGCUUUCUCUUCAGUGGCAUACUAUUUUUCCGACAGUAUGACCGCCAGCUGACGGUUGCAAAUAUCUAGAUAUGC